AUGCUCAGUCACACGGACUCAUUUUCCCCCCUUCAUCGCACACACUUGCCUCCUGAUCUGGAUGAUGCCACUUCAAAAAUUCGCCGUGUAACUGUUGAGGAUGUCGAAGACGAAGAAGGCACAUAUAACAGGCGCUUUUUUGAAGGCUACCCUAAUGCCGGCCGGCCAAUAGAAGAGGGAAAGACUGUGUUUGAAAGCUAUUGUCAGUACAAGGAGGAUGAGGGCGAGGAUGUCUGGGCUCCCUUUGCUGAUGAGGAAGAGUGGGGACUUGCUGAAUGGAUGAUUAAAAACCUCGGUCAGACACGAACAGAUGAAUAUCUGAAAUUACCCAUAACCAAAAACCGAACGAAGCCAUCGUUUCACAACAAUCGGACAUUCCUCAAGAGAGUGGAUGAGCUUCCACAUGGCACUUCCUGGAGUUGCAAGAAAGUGAUGGUGCAAGGAAAUCGGGAAGAUGAGGAUGGGCGAACAUUGAGUGAAGAGGUUGAAAUCUGGAUGCGAGAUCCUGUUGAGUGUGUCAAAGAUCUCAUUGGGAAUCCGACAUUCAAAAACCAUAUGGCAUAUGCACCAUCACGAGCAUACAAGGACAAAGGAGGUACUCAAUGGCUCAUAGAUGACAUGUGGACGGCUGACUGGUGGUGGGACAAGCAAAAAGAAAUGCCCGAAGGAGCAACCUUGGCACCUAUUAUUCUGGCCUCUGACAAGACAUUGUUAUCACAAUUUCAAGGUGACAAAUCUGCAUGGCCCGUCUACCUAUCAAUCGGCAACAUUGCAAAAGAGAAGCAACGACAAACAUCUGCCUGGGCAACAAUCCUCAUUGGGUACCUACCAGCCACAAAACUCGACUGCUUCACCUCUGAUGCACGUUCCCUGGCUGGAUACCGACUUUUUCAUCACUGUCUGUCCCUGCUGCUGGAACCUCUCAUUGCAGCUGGUCGGGAUGGUGUUGAAAUGGUGUGUGCUGACUCUUUCAUUCGGCGAGUGUACCCCAUACUGGCUGCAUAUGUCGCAGAUUUCCCUGAACAGUGCCUUGUUGCAGGCUGUAAGGAGAAUCGUUGCCCUAAGUGUUUGGUUGCGGCUGAUGAGUGGGGCAACCCGCUAAACUCAUUGAUGCGGGACCCGGAGUCAACAAAAGAGACGCUAGAAAGACGGAGGAAUGGUCAGCACCCUGUAGAAUUUGACGAGGAUGGACUGCGCACAGUGUAUAGGCCGUUCUGGGCCAAUUUACCCCACACCAACAUCUUCACGGCAUUCACACCGGACCUCCUCCACCAGCUGCACAAAGGAGUCUUCAAAGACCACCUUGUUAAGUGGUGUCUCGACAUUGCAGGUGAAGAUGAAAUUGAUGCUCGCUUCAAGGCCAUGCCCGACUAUCCAGGUCUUCGUCAUUUUAAGAAAGGUAUAUCUAGCAUCAAACAGUGGACAGGAACGGAACACAAGGAGAUGCAACAUAUCUUUGUUGCAUUAAUUGCUGGCGCAGUCCCAAGUCGAGUCGUCAUUGUUGCACGGGCCAUACUGGACUUUUGCUAUUAUGCACAACUGCAUACACAUACGAGCGAAUCCUUGGACGGUCUUGAAAAUGCACUCACGGUAUUUCAUGCGCACAAGGAUGUGUUGAAGGAACUCGAUGUUCGCGAUCAUUUCAAUAUUCCGAAGCUGCAUCAAUUGUCUCACUACGUCCAGUCAAUCAAAUUGUUCGGGGCUGCUGAUGGAUUCAACACUGAACUUCCCGAGUGCCUGCACAUCGACUUCGCUAAAGAAGCUUACCGCGCGAGUAACAAGCGUGACUAUGAGGAGCAAAUGGCAUUAUGGCUUCAACGCCAGGAAGCAAUCUUCUGGCGGGUCUCUUACCUCGAGUGGGUCGCUGAACAUGGCGCUCAGACUGAACAUCAAUAUGAAGGCUUCGACUUCAUACCAGUGGUUUCGCAAGACAUUGUUCAUGUUCUUGCGAAGACAUCUCCACACCCUCAGCCAUCUAUCCAGCAUCUUGAAACCAUGCAUGGCGCUGUUGAUUUUCUGCCUGCUUUCAAGUCGUUUUUACGGAAGCACGUGCCACACAAUCACAUCGUGCCUGGUUAUCAAGACCGUUUUGAUGUUUUUCGGCAAGCCAUCAUAAUCAUUCCCCCCAACCCUCGUGUGUCGGAGUUACUGAAACGUCUGCGGGUGAGGGCAACACCUGAAGUGCUUCCAUCACCUUCUGGAUGGAAGCCAGGUUCCCCCGCACGAUUUGACAUGGCAUUGUUAACUGAUGGUGUCCGAGCAUCAAAGUUGCACACUUUGGAAGUCAUAGCUGUUCGAGUUGCGCAGGUGCGUGUAAUAUUCACGCUGCCUCGUCAGUUCGGCUCAUACUUGCGACCUCUUGCCUAUGUUGAAUGGUUCACGCCAUUCAGGGAGCCAGACCAGUUCUCAGGUCUGCGUCAAGUCUCACGUUUGACUCGUCACUUGCGUUGGAAUGGAGCAGUCGUACACGUUGACGAGCUCGUUCGGCCAUGUCACCUUGUUCCGAAAAUGGGCCAAAAGGUAGACCCCAGCUGGACGAGCGCAAACGUCUAUGAGAUGGCAAGCAAUUUCUAUUUCAACGAAUUUAUUGACCUUGAUACAUUUUGCAUAUCAAGUGCCAUUACAUAG